AUGCACCGUGCGUGACAAUGCUUCGUAGAGGUGGCACGCAGCAGAGCUCUGACUCUACGCUUCCACCAUGCUGCGCGGAACAGCCCGCAGUCCAUACGCGAAGAAGCGGCCUGACUUUGACAAGCUUGCCAAGCUAUACCCAAAACAGCUGGGACCGCAGUGCGUCGAGCUUGCUGAGAUGCUGUCGUCGUCGCACGAUGCCUUUCUCACUCGAUUGCUGAAUCACCUGGCAGUGUCACUGAACAAAGCAACGGUCGAGUUCUCAUCGAUUUUCAGAAUGGCGAUGCUUGCAGGUGAUUCGAUGGCCCGAAAAGAGCAUUGGAUCUUCAAACUGGCUUUCUGACUUUGAUCAAGCCUUUGACAUGUAGAGCUUUGACCCAGGUGCUGCUUCUGCACGAUUUUGGCAUACACGCGCCUCAAGCAGCCGAUCGUCUAUGUCCUCCAGUGAGCCGUACAACAAAUUGUCGGCCCGAGUGUGAAGCGGCUGGAGGCUUUGCUGACCAACCAAGAGCUCCGACGCUUCAUGCAGGUUCCGAACAGGUGAGGAUCAGGCUUUCCUCCUUUUGGCUCAUCGCCGCUGACCCCGAUGGGAGAUCUCUUGCAGACUCAACUACGUUCUCUGGGUGCAAGAUCUACUGGCUGCCUCACUACAGAGUGGCACGACAGGCACAUCGCCACCGACCGCGCUGUGUGAUGUCCCAACCCAUUCGUCCGCAGCGAUUGAAAGCGAACAUCGAAGCAAGCGGCAGCGAAUCGAGAAUGACAAACCCAGCGGGCAUCCGGAAGGGUCCGUGCACAUUCUAGACAUGUGAGAUUGCAAGCGAGUAGACCGAGAUAACGACGAGAGAGGGCGCUGAGGUGUAAAAACACACUUGUUUUGAAGUGGCACCGGAGCAAGCGGCAUCUAUCCUCUGCUGGGCUGCGCGUUGGAUGACCGUUGGACAUUCACCGCGACUGGUGAGCAUGUCGUGUCAAAUAGUGCGGUGUGCAGUAAUUGAUGAAUACCCUUUGGGACAGACAUUGACGGAGAAUCUCUGAGACUUGCCCAAAAGAUUGUGGAUGCUCCUGAGAACGAGAGCAAGCGCCUCAAGAAUCGCAUUCUCUAUCUCUUCCGCAAGAAGAGUGAUAGUCUUCUCCCAUUGGACCAUGCAGAAGGCACCGGGGCUUCCGAACGGGCACUUCUGUACUAUGCGACGAUGUGCAACCCACCUUUCUACGCAAGUACGGACGAAAUGAAAGAAUCUGCCGAAGCAAAGGUGGAGAAUCCGAGCGCAGUAAGUGAAGAGUCUGUUAGACUGGGCCCCCUCACCGCUGACCGCAUCAGCGCACCUAACUAGGCAUGCACGGGUACAGAGAUCGAAAUGAUCACUCAAGGUGGCGAGGUUGCCUUUGUGACACGCAUGAUACGCGAAAGUCUUGCUCCUGAAGCACGAGAGAAGAUUGUGUGCGUUCCUCACUGGCGGUGCGCGUACGGAUACACUUUGUAGCUGAAUUGACGUGGUGUCGUUGCGUACUCAAGGUGGUUAUCGUCCAUGCUCGGCAAAAUCUCCAGUGUCUCUGCGGUAGUCAAGGAGCUGCAAAGCAAUCGAGUAAGUCGUUAGGAAAAUGGCGUCUCUCCUCUAGCACAAGCUGACCGAGAGCUCCGUCAGAUCGACAAUUACGCCCUAGCAGAAUUUGUGCAAGGGCGAACGCGGCGCUGGGCAAUUGCUUGGAGUCACCAAGCGUAUCGUCUACCAGAUGUGAGUCGAGACGCAAGGAGGCGCAGUGAUGCGCCCAGAUGUUCAUAUCAUCCCCGUGUGCCUUUGGAGAGCGUGGCGCGAAAUGUCGGACCCUCCCUGCGGACGCAUGCUCCUCCGUCAAACAGCGUCUUCAAGACCUUCGAACAGAAUCCUUUGGGCCACAAUCCUCGGAGUCUGCUCGGCAAGUUGGCCGAGCUGCUGCGAGGCACAGCUCAAGUGACCGAAUUGUGCGGGUCCGAGCCAGCCGAAAGAAGCUCAGAUCAGAAGGAUGAGGGCGAAAACACCGAGCGUGUGCUUCUUGAUGCCAGCUUCAGCGUUGACACAUGGUCGAGAGCUGCGCGCAGGGCCAGGGAAAGAGCAUCAAAAGAGGGUCAAUCGGCACAGCCUGUCCCAACGUCCACUGCACCGAUUCUGUGCCUCCGCUGUGAGAGCGCGUACCAAGGCGCCUACGGGACGUCUCAUGGCGAAGUUCCGACACAAAAUUCAUCCGAGCGCUCGAUCUGGAGCGAGACUGAACCUGAACGACCUUUGCAGCCCACAAGCGUAUUCGUGUCGAUCACUUGGACCUACGGCCACUCGCGCGCCGAUUUUGCCGCUUGCUCCAAUUCCCUUUUGAGAAGAUUGGAGACCUUGAUACCGUCUGUGAAUAACACGCAAGCGUAA